AUGCCGGCCGGCGGCUCGUCGUACCUGGCGACCAUGGGCCGCCGGAGCUUCUCCUACCACAGGCUCAAGAAGCUCCCCGCCGCCGCUCCCUCUCCUCCUCAUCCUCCCGCCACGACGGCCCCUACCACCGGACUCGAGCUAGGAGACCCGCCGUGCGCCGCGGCCUCCGCCGCCGCCAUCGAGGAGUCGUACCGGUCCUACUACCGCGCGCUGGUGGCGAGGGGGACGCGGCAGCGGCGGAGGCAGCAGCCGUGGCGAGGCGGCGGCAGGCCGCGGCGCCGCCUGAGGGCCUGGGGUGCCCUGGCGCGCGCGCUGCGGCGGAGGGCGGCGGCCGCCGGGGCCCGGGUGCGCGCGUCCGUCGCCAGGGUGGCGCGCCGGCUCAGGGACGGCCGGCCCUACGUCGGGGACGUCUUCGCCGGGAACUACAUGUUCCUGCAGGUGUCGCCCACGAUGGCCGGGGGCGGGGCCGACGGCAGGGCGCGCGGCGCCGUGGUGCCCUUCGCGGAGUACUACUACGGCUGUAAGGCCAGGGCCAGGGCGGGCGCCGGCGGCGUGCAGCUGCACCCUGCAGCCGCUGCUGGGGUGCUCUACAAGGUGUAG